UUCGCGACGGUUGGUGAUCUUAAAAGUGCUCCGAACACGAACAGUGCCCGCAGUCUCUCAGUUUUGGUGUUAUUUUUUGUGGCUCUGCAUCUGUAUCUGUAUCUCGAUCGCCUCCAACCCGCUGCAUCCGUAACUCUCUCCCCCUCCGAAGUGCGUGUGUGUGUGUGUGUGAGCGAGAGUGCUAAGCUUUUUGCUCACACGUCUAACGGUUGCCAAAGUGUGCGUAUCGGUGCCUUAACUUGAACCAUGGGUCGCAUGUUCGUGUGCGUCUAAUAAAUAUAUUUAAAAAUAAGCAUUUCGACAUACCGUCGUGGAAAUUAUGUGACACACACCAGUCCAAAUACCAACAAGCACGUUCCAUUCAUUCGCGCGUUAAUAUUAAAAAGUCAUCCGAGUGCCAAAAGCAACGAAGCGAGCAAUAAUUGUGAUUAAUAACAACGAAACAAACGAAUUCCGACCGCAAAUUAGCCGCAUAAGGCCAUUCAAAUAGCAAUAGUCCAGUCAGGUGCACUACUCACGGCACCCAAACGGUGAUUACCUCAUCUGUGUCAGCGCUCCGCCAGCAAAAUGGUAUCAAAAAGCAAUAAAAAGAAACAAGUGUCUCAGCAGCAGCAGUCGCAGCCGCAGCAGCAGCAGCAGACGUCUACGUCGCCGCCGCCAGCCACAUCGACCACAACAUCAACGUCGUCGUCGGAGGCCACGAAGCUUACCAAAAAGCUGGGUCCCGAUGCGUUCGCCACUCUGACCACCAGCAACAGCUCCAGUUCCAUGCAGCACGAAUCGGUGACGUAUGGCGGUGAUCCUGUCGGUGCCAGCACUUCGGGUGCUUCUCUGCCAGCUGCUGGAGUGAGGAGCUACAGCAGUCGCAGCCAGAGCAAGAGCAAGGCAUCCCAGUCGCAUUCCUCCUAUACAGAGCAAUCUCAGUCCCAGCUGCAGUCCGAGCAGUACAGCAGCAAGAUCUCGCGGGAUUAUGCCAAUCAGAAGAUCAUCUCAUCGAUUGAUCUGCUCGAAAGUGAAAAGAAGGAUCCAGUAUUCUCGGUGCCCAUCGAAGUGGUGGAGAUCACAACGCCCACGCUCUCCGUCUCCGCCAGCGGGGGCAGUGUCUCGAAAAUGUUUACGUCCUCGUCGAUGUCUUCCAGCCAACAGCAGCAGCAGGCCAGUAGCUCCAGCUCGUACUUCCAAGCCACAACCAGUUCCAGCCAGAGCGCCAACGAAACGCUGAUUGCCAGCGAGAGAGCCGAUACGGCUACCGGUAUGACAUCAUCCGGGGCGAGGAAACAGGUUGGCUUCGAUACAGACACUAAGACAGUGACAAACGCCACCACCACCAGCAGCAGCAACAGCAACAUCAGCAGCAGCACAAGCACAAGCACAAACAUCAACAUCAACACCAGCGGCAGCCGCAGCAGCAAUUUGACCGAAUCUCAGAGCGUGCCAAAGCUGCCAAUGAGCGGAACAGCUGAUGCUCCCACAUCGGUGACGUCGCAAGGCUACCCCGAACCGGUUGCCGCGUCGUCUGGCACGACCACAACAAAGGCGACGUCAUCGACGCGACGCAACGAUAAACUGGAAGUGGCCAGUGCUAACACAGCUGUUGAUAGAGCUACGUCAUCGUCGUCGAUGGUCGACCAGAGGUCCAGCAAAGAGGUCAGCGAGAGUUCAGUGCUAAAAAGCUCCACCAGCAGCAAGCAAUCGAAGACUUCGUCCAAGAAGGAGGUGUACGAUGUGAAGACCAAAACCUGGACGGAGUACAGCGAUGGCAGUUCUCAAGGACCCAGUAAGACCCGGCCGACCUUCGAGCGGUAUGUCAGCAAGGAAUCCGAUGGCAGCUCGAAAGUAACGUACAAGAAGAAGAUAUACGACAGACGCAACAAUCGGUGGCGCGUGGUGGACGAACGGACGGUGGACAGCACCGCCGACACGGGCUAUCCCGAAAUAGUCGAUGAUGUCAUUAACACAACAAGAACCACGUACACCACCAAGGUGUACGACACGAAGCUCGGCAAGUGGACUGUUGUGGACGAGAAGUCGUUCACUGAUACGAAAGCUUUUGUGCCCAAUGACAUUGCUCGUGAAAUCGAGAAAGAUAAUACCGAUGUUGCAAACAUAACGACUACAACGGAGGUGACGAAGAUUUUCGAUGCGAGCAUCAACGACUGGCGCGUUCUGGACGAGAAGGUGCACACGGAUGUUAUUGAGAAGAUCGUAGAGGCUCCCAAAAAGACCAUUUACGUGGACGAGUUUGUGGAGAUUGAGAAGAACACCUCGAUUUCUGAGAACAACGAAAACAUAACCCUGAACUUGAAUGAGACAUCGAAACACAAAAAUAUUACCGAAAAUAUUUAUGAUGAAAUCGAUUAUGUGCGCACUGAUAAGCAACGCCUAAACGACUCAAGAACCCGAGGAGUUGCAAAAAACAAGUCAACAACACAUAGUGAAAGAUGCAUUUGUGAAAUCUGCACAUGCGGGCGACACCAUUGCUCAAGCAGUACAACAAAAUUAACAGAAAAUACGGUUAUUCAAACCGAUGAUAAUGUUGACGAAGCAUAUACAAGGAUACGUACAAAUACAUGGUCGAAAAAAGAUAAUGGAAACAUUCCCAAGCAAAACGAAGACAUUCUAGUGGACUAUAUAGUCAUUAAGAAACCAGAAGACAACUUAAGACCAGAGGGAGACUUUAUAGUUCCUCCAAAGGAGCCAUACAAGCCGGGAGAAAAACGUGAUAAGAUUGUACAUACCGACAACCUCCGUACAGAAGGAGAAAUGACUUUUGUAGAGAGGGAGGAAUACCAAUAUACUGUUCGUCCGGGAUAUGUUAAACCUACCGACAAUCUAAAGCCAGAAGGCGAGUUUUACAGUCCAGAAAAACCUAAGUACCAACCAGGAGAUCGGCCUUCUCAAGUGCGACACAAAGAUAAUCUAAAGCCAGAAGGCGAAUUUUACACGCCGGAGAAACCGGGAUACGCCCCAGCCGAUCGUCCCAUACAAAAAAAACCGGUGGAUAACCUCAAGCCAGAAGGCGAAUUUGCUUCACCAGAAAAACCCCAAUACACCCCUGCCGAAAGACCUGAAAAAAUUAUAAGAAGUGAUAACUUGCGAACUGAAGGAGAAAUGACAUUUGUGGAGCGAGAGGAAUAUCAAUAUGUUACACGACCGGGACAAGUCAAGCCAACGGAUAACUUAAGACCAGAGGGUAAAUUUUAUAGUCCUGAAAAGACAAGCUAUCGCCCUGGCGAACGUCCAUCUCAAGUGCGUCCAGUUGAUAAUCUUAAACCAGAAGGUGACUUUUAUGCUCCCGAAAAACCAGGAUUUCAAUCUGCAGAGAGACCAGUUCAAAAGAAACCGGACGACAAUCUUAAACCAGACGGGGAAUUCGAAAGGCCAGAGAAACAAGUUUACAAGCCAGCCGAUAAAACUGAAAGAAUAAUUCGGAAAGAUAAUCUUCAUACGGAAGGAGAAAUGACGUUUGUAGAAAGGGAAGAAUAUCAAUAUGUGGUACGUCCUGAUCAGGUUAAACCAUUGGACAAUCUUAAGCCUGAAGGAGAAUUCUACAGUCCCGAGAAACCUAAAUACAAGCCUGGUGACAGACCUUCCCAGGUUAGGCCCGAAGAUAAUCUUAGAACAGAGGGGGAAUUCUACACACCGGAGAAGCCAGGAUUUAUGCCUGCUGAGAGGCCAGAGCAAAAAAAACCAUCGGACAAUCUUAAGCCUGAAGGAGAAUUCUACAGUCCCGAGAAACCCAAGUACAAGCCUGGCGAAAGACCUUCCCAGGUUAGGCCAGAAGAUAAUCUGAGACCAGAAGGUGAAUUCUACACACCAGAAAAGCCAGGAUUCAGGCCUGCUGAAAGACCAGUUCAGAAAAAGCCACAGGACAACUUAAAACCGGAAGGCGAAUUCGUGAAGCCUGAGAAACAAGUUUUCAAGCCGGCCGAUAAAACUGAAAUAAUUAUUCGGAAAGAUAAUCUUCGUACGGAGGGAGAAAUGACGUUUGUAGAGAGGGAAGAAUAUCAAUAUGUGGUACGUCCUGAUCAGGUUAAACCAUCGGACAAUCUUAAGCCUGAAGGAGAAUUCUACAGUCCCGAGAAACCUAAAUACAAGCCUGGCGAAAGACCCUCCCAGGUUAGGCCAGAAGAUAAUCUGAGACCAGAAGGUGAAUUCUACACACCAGAAAAACCAGGAUUUAGGCCUGCUGAGAGGCCAGAGCAAAAAAGACCAUCGGACAACCUUAAGCCUGAAGGAGAAUUCUACAGUCCCGAGAAACCCAAGUACAAGCCUGGCGAAAGACCUUCCCAGGUUAGGCCAGAAGAUAAUCUGAGACCAGAAGGUGAAUUCUACACACCAGAAAAACCAGGAUUUAGGCCUUCUGAGAGGCCUGAACAAAAGAAACCACAGGACAACCUUAAGCCCGAAGGCGAAUUCUACAGUCCCGAGAAACCCAAGUACAAGCCUGGCGAAAGACCUUCCCAGGUUAGGCCAGAAGAUAAUCUGAGACCAGAAGGUGAAUUCUACACACCGGAGAAGCCAGGAUUUAGGCCUGCUGAGAGGCCCGAACAAAAGAAACCACAGGACAACCUUAAGCCCGAAGGCGAAUUCUACAGUCCCGAGAAACCCAAGUACAAGCCUGGCGAAAGACCUUCCCAGGUUAGGCCAGAAGAUAAUCUGAGACCAGAAGGUGAAUUCUACACACCGGAGAAGCCAGGAUUUAGGCCUGCUGAGAGGCCCGAACAAAAGAAACCACAGGACAACCUUAAGCCCGAAGGCGAAUUCUACAGUCCCGAGAAACCCAAGUACAAGCCUGGCGAAAGACCUUCCCAGGUUAGGCCAGAAGAUAAUCUGAGACCAGAAGGUGAAUUCUACACACCAGAAAAGCCAGGAUUCAGGCCUGCUGAAAGACCAGUUCAGAAAAAGCCACAGGACAACUUAAAGCCGGAAGGUGAAUUCGUGAAGCCUGAGAAACAAGUUUACAAGCCGGCCGAUAAAACUGAAAGAAUUAUUCGGAAAGAUAAUCUUCGUACGGAAGGAGAAAUGACGUUUGUAGAGAGGGAAGAAUAUCAAUAUGUGGUACGUCCUGAUCAGGUUAAACCAUCGGACAAUCUUAAGCCUGAAGGAGAAUUCUACAGUCCGGAGAAACCUAAAUACAGGCCAGGCGAAAGACCUUCUCAGGUUAGGCCCGAAGAUAAUCUUAGACCAGAAGGAGAGUUCUACACACCAGAAAAACCAGGAUUUAGGCCUGCUGAGAGGCCCGAACAAAAGAAACCAGACAACCUUAAACCCGAAGGCGAAUUCUACAGUCCCGAGAAACCCAAGUACAAGCCUGGCGAAAGACCUUCCCAGGUUAGGCCAGAAGAUAAUCUGAGACCAGAAGGUGAAUUCUACACACCGGAGAAGCCAGGAUUCAGGCCUGCUGAGAGGCCCGAACAAAAGAAACCACUGGACAACCUUAAACCCGAAGGCGAAUUCUACAGUCCCGAGAAACCCAAGUACAAGCCUGGCGAAAGACCUUCCCAGGUUAGGCCAGAAGAUAAUCUGAGACCAGAAGGUGAAUUCUACACACCAGAAAAGCCAGGAUUCAGGCCUGCUGAAAGACCAGUUCAGAAAAAGCCACAGGACAACUUAAAGCCGGAAGGUGAAUUCGUGAAGCCUGAGAAACAAGUUUACAAGCCGGCCGAUAAAACUGAAAGAAUUAUUCGGAAAGAUAAUCUUCGUACGGAAGGAGAAAUGACGUUUGUAGAGAGGGAAGAAUAUCAAUAUGUGGUACGUCCUGAUCAGGUUAAACCAUCGGACAAUCUUAAGCCUGAAGGAGAAUUCUACAGUCCGGAGAAACCUAAAUACAGGCCAGGCGAAAGACCUUCUCAGGUUAGGCCCGAAGAUAAUCUUAGACCAGAAGGAGAGUUCUACACACCAGAAAAACCAGGAUUUAGGCCUGCUGAGAGGCCCGAACAAAAGAAACCACAGGACAACCUUAAACCCGAAGGCGAAUUCUACAGUCCCGAGAAACCCAAGUACAAGCCUGGCGAAAGACCUUCCCAGGUUAGGCCAGAAGAUAAUCUGAGACCAGAAGGUGAAUUCUACACACCGGAGAAGCCAGGAUUCAGGCCUGCUGAGAGGCCCGAACAAAAGAAACCACUGGACAACCUUAAACCCGAAGGCGAAUUCUACAGUCCCGAGAAACCCAAGUACAAGCCUGGCGAAAGACCUUCCCAGGUUAGGCCAGAAGAUAAUCUGAGACCAGAAGGUGAAUUCUACACACCAGAAAAGCCAGGAUUCAGGCCUGCUGAAAGACCAGUUCAGAAAAAGCCACAGGACAACUUAAAGCCGGAAGGUGAAUUCGUGAAGCCUGAGAAACAAGUUUACAAGCCGGCCGAUAAAACUGAAAGAAUUAUUCGGAAAGAUAAUCUUCGUACGGAAGGAGAAAUGACGUUUGUAGAGAGGGAAGAAUAUCAAUAUGUGGUACGUCCUGAUCAGGUUAAACCAUCGGACAAUCUUAAGCCUGAAGGAGAAUUCUACAGUCCGGAGAAACCUAAAUACAGGCCAGGCGAAAGACCUUCUCAGGUUAGGCCCGAAGAUAAUCUUAGACCAGAAGGAGAGUUCUACACACCAGAAAAACCAGGAUUUAGGCCUGCUGAGAGGCCCGAACAAAAGAAACCACAGGACAACCUUAAACCCGAAGGCGAAUUCUACAGUCCCGAGAAACCCAAGUACAAGCCUGGUGAAAGACCUUCCCAGGUUAGGCCAGAAGAUAAUCUGAGACCAGAAGGUGAAUUCUACACACCGGAGAAGCCAGGAUUCAGGCCUGCUGAGAGGCCCGAACAAAAGAAACCACUGGACAACCUUAAACCCGAAGGCGAAUUCUACAGUCCCGAGAAACCCAAGUACAAGCCUGGCGAAAGACCUUCCCAGGUUAGGCCAGAAGAUAAUCUGAGACCAGAAGGUGAAUUCUACACACCAGAAAAGCCAGGAUUCAGGCCUGCUGAAAGACCAGUUCAGAAAAAGCCACAGGACAACUUAAAGCCGGAAGGUGAAUUCGUGAAGCCUGAGAAACAAGUUUACAAGCCGGCCGAUAAAACUGAAAGAAUUAUUCGGAAAGAUAAUCUUCGUACGGAAGGAGAAAUGACGUUUGUAGAGAGGGAAGAAUAUCAAUAUGUGGUACGUCCUGAUCAGGUUAAACCAUCGGACAAUCUUAAGCCUGAAGGAGAAUUCUACAGUCCGGAGAAACCUAAAUACAGGCCAGGCGAAAGACCUUCUCAGGUUAGGCCCGAAGAUACUAGACCAGAAGGAGAGUUCUACACACCAGAAAAACCAGGAUUUAGGCCUGCUGAGAGGCCCGAACAAAAGAAACCACAGGACAACCUUAAACCCGAAGGCGAAUUCUACAGUCAGAAACCCAAGUACAAGCCUGGCGAAAGACCUUCCCAGGUUAGGCCAGAAGAUAAUCUGAGACCAGAAGGUGAAUUCUACACACCGGAGAAGCCAGGAUUCAGGCCUGCUGAGAGGCCCGAACAAAAGAAACCACUGGACAACCUUAAACCCGAGGGCGAAUUCUACAGUCCCGAGAAACCCAAGUACAAGCCUGGCGAAAGACCUUCCCAGGUUAGGCCAGAAGAUAAUCUGAGACCAGAAGGUGAAUUCUACACACCAGAAAAGCCAGGAUUCAGGCCUGCUGAAAGACCAGUUCAGAAAAAGCCACAGGACAACUUAAAGCCGGAAGGUGAAUUCGUGAAGCCUGAGAAACAAGUUUACAAGCCGGCCGAUAAAACUGAAAGAAUUAUUCGGAAAGAUAAUCUUCGUACGGAAGGAGAAAUGACGUUUGUAGAGAGGGAAGAAUAUCAAUAUGUGGUACGUCCUGAUCAGGUUAAACCAUCGGACAAUCUUAAGCCUGAAGGAGAAUUCUACAGUCCGGAGAAACCUAAAUACAGGCCAGGCGAAAGACCUUCCCAGGUUAAGCCCGAAGAUAAUCUGAGACCAGAAGGAGAGUUCUACACACCAGAAAAACCAGGAUUUAGGCCUGCUGAGAGGCCCGAACAAAAGAAACCACAGGACAACCUUAAACCCGAAGGCGAAUUCUACAGUCCCGAGAAACCCAAGUACACGCCCGGCGAAAGACCUUCCCAGGUUAGGCCAGAAGAUAAUCUGAGACCAGAAGGUGAAUUCUACACACCGGAGAAGCCAGGAUUCAGGCCUGCUGAGAGGCCCGAACAAAAGAAACCACUGGACAACCUUAAACCCGAAGGCGAAUUCUACAGUCCCGAGAAACCCAAGUACAAGCCUGGCGAAAGACCUUCCCAGGUUAGGCCAGAAGAUAAUCUGAGACCAGAAGGUGAAUUCUACACACCGGAGAAGCCAGGAUUUAGGCCUGCUGAGAGGCCCGAACAAAAGAAACCACAGGACAACCUUAAGCCCGAAGGCGAAUUCUACAGUCCCGAGAAACCCAAGUACAAGCCUGGCGAAAGACCUUCCCAGGUUAGGCCAGAAGAUAAUCUGAGACCAGAAGGUGAAUUCUACACACCGGAGAAGCCAGGAUUCAGGCCUGCUGAAAGACCAGUUCAGAAAAAGCCACAGGACAACUUAAAGCCGGAAGGUGAAUUCGUGAAGCCUGAGAAACAAGUUUACAAGCCGGCCGAUAAAACUGAAAGAAUUAUUCGGAAAGAUAAUCUUCGUACGGAAGGAGAAAUGACGUUUGUAGAGAGGGAAGAAUAUCAAUAUGUGGUACGUCCUGAUCAGGUUAAACCAUCGGACAAUCUUAAGCCUGAAGGAGAAUUCUACAGUCCGGAGAAACCUAAAUACAGGCCAGGCGAAAGACCUUCUCAGGUUAGGCCCGAAGAUAAUCUUAGACCAGAAGGAGAGUUCUACACACCAGAAAAACCAGGAUUUAGGCCUGCUGAGAGGCCCGAACAAAAGAAACCACAGGACAACCUUAAACCCGAAGGCGAAUUCUACAGUCCCGAGAAACCCAAGUACAAGCCUGGCGAAAGACCUUCCCAGGUUAGGCCAGAAGAUAAUCUGAGACCAGAAGGUGAAUUCUACACACCGGAAAAGCCAGGAUUCAGGCCUGCUGAGAGGCCCGAACAAAAGAAACCACUGGACAACCUUAAACCCGAAGGCGAAUUCUACAGUCCCGAGAAACCCAAGUACAAGCCUGGCGAAAGACCUUCCCAGGUUAGGCCAGAAGAUAAUCUGAGACCAGAAGGUGAAUUCUACACACCAGAAAAGCCAGGAUUCAGGCCUGCUGAAAGACCAGUUCAGAAAAAGCCACAGGACAACUUAAAGCCGGAAGGUGAAUUCGUGAAGCCUGAGAAACAAGUUUACAAGCCGGCCGAUAAAACUGAAAGAAUUAUUCGGAAAGAUAAUCUUCGUACGGAAGGAGAAAUGACGUUUGUAGAGAGGGAAGAAUAUCAAUAUGUGGUACGUCCUGAUCAGGUUAAACCAUCGGACAAUCUUAAGCCUGAAGGAGAUUUCUACAGUCCCGAGAAACCUAAAUACAGGCCAGGGGAAAGACCUUCUCAGGUUAGGCCCGAAGAUAAUCUUAGACCAGAAGGAGAGUUCUACACACCAGAAAAACCAGGAUUUAGGCCUGCUGAGAGGCCCGAACAAAAGAAACCACAGGACAACCUUAAACCCGAAGGCGAAUUCUACAGUCCCGAGAAACCCAAGUACAAGCCUGGCGAAAGACCUUCUCAGGUUAGGCCAGAAGAUAAUCUGAGACCAGAAGGUGAAUUCUACACACCGGAGAAGCCAGGAUUCAGACCUGCUGAGAGGCCCGAACAAAAGAAACCACAUGAUAACCUUAAACCCGAAGGCGAAUUCUACAGUCCCGAGAAACCCAAGUACAAGCCUGGCGAAAGACCAUCUCAGGUUAGGCCGGAAGAUAAUCUGAGACCAGAAGGUGAAUUUUACACACCAGAAAAGCCAGGAUUCAGGCCUGCUGAAAGACCAGUUCAGAAAAAGCCACAGGACAACUUAAAGCCGGAAGGUGAAUUCGUGAAGCCUGAGAAACAAGUUUACAAGCCGGCCGAUAAAACUGAAAGAAUUAUUCGGAAAGAUAAUCUUCGUACGGAAGGAGAAAUGACGUUUGUAGAGAGGGAAGAAUAUCAAUAUGUGGUACGUCCUGAUCAGGUUAAGCCAUCGGACAAUCUUAAGCCUGAAGGAGAAUUCUACAGUCCCGAGAAACCUAAAUACAAGCCCGGCGAAAGACCUUCCCAGGUUAGGCCAGAAGAUAAUCUGAGACCAGAAGGUGAAUUCUACACACCAGAAAAGCCAGGAUUCAGGCCUGCUGAAAGACCAGUUCAGAAAAAGCCACAGGACAACUUAAAGCCGGAAGGUGAAUUCGUGAAGCCUGAGAAACAAGUUUUCAAGCCGGCCGAUAAAACUGAAAAAAUUAUUCGGAAAGAUAAUCUUCGUACGGAAGGAGAAAUGACGUUUGUAGAGAGGGAAGAAUAUCAAUAUGUGGUACGUCCUGAUCAGGUUAAGCCAUCGGACAAUCUUAAGCCCGAAGGAGAAUUCUACAGUCCCGAGAAACCUAAAUACAAGCCUGGCGAAAGACCAUCUCAGGUUAGGCCGGAAGAUAAUCUGAGACCAGAAGGUGAAUUCUACACCCCGGAGAAGCCAGGAUUCAGGCCUGCUGAAAGACCCGUUCAAAAGAAGCCAGAUGACAACUUAAGGCCGGAAGGAGACUUUUACAGUCCUGAAAAGCAACCUUACAGGCCUGGAGAACGUCCUUUGCAAGUUCGACCUGAGGAUAAUUUACGACCCGAAGGAAGUUUCUUUGCUCCUGAAAAGCCAGAAUACAUGGCAGGAGAUCGACCGGUACCAAAGAAACCUGUUGAUAAUCUAAAGCCCGAAGGCGAGUUCUUUACUCCCGAUCGACCAAAAUACAAACCAGCCGAUCGAGUAACUGUUGUAAGGCAGAAAGAUAACUUAAAGGUGGAGGGAGAAUUCUACGUUCAAGAAAAAGAGGCCUUUAAGCCUGCUGAAAGACCUAAACAGAAAAAACCUCAUGAUAACUUAAAACCAGAAGGCGAUAUGGUUAUACCAGAAAAGGACAAAUAUAAGCCUGCCGAUAAGGUGACAAGAGUUAUUUAUAAGGACAACCUUCGCAGUGAAGGAGAAAUGACUUUCACGGAAAAAACUGAGUAUCAACAUAUUGUUAGACCCACCCCAGUGAAGCCGGAAGAUAACCUGCGAACCUCUGGUAAGUUUUAUGUCCCUGAAAAGCCUGCUCAUACCAAUGGUGAACGCCCCGAGCCGGUUAAGCCUAAGGACAAUUUGAAACCAGAAGGUAUAAUGUAUACACCGGAAAAACCGAAAUAUGAGUCCGCUGCCCGUCCAGAACAGAAGAAAUAUGCCGACAACUUGAAACCCGAAGGUAAGAUGCACAUUCCCGAAAAGGAUGGGUACCGGCCUGCCGAUAAGGUGAAGACGGUUAUUAGAAAAGAUAAUUUAAGAACCGAGGGCGAAAUGACAUUCACCCAGAAGGAGGAAUACCAUCAUGUUAAACGGCCGGAGCAAGUAAAGCCAAGUGAUAAUCUUAAAGUAGAAGGUGAAUUCUAUACCCCCAAUAAAACCACCUUUAGGCCUGCUGAGCGACCAAUUCAAAAGAAACCAAAAGACAAUCUUAAGCCGGAAGGUGAAUUUUAUAAGAGAACAGACCGAAGCGAGACCGAUAGCAAGAUCGUUACAGAAACCAUUAAGAGAGAAACGCCUAAACGUCCUGUUGACAAUCUAAAGCUAGAAGGGUCUAUGACCGUAACCAGAAGAGAUGACUACAAAAAUACAGCCCAAACAACGGUUGAGAAAGUUCAGCGUACUCAAAAAAUUAACCACAACAGUUCAUCAAUUACCUUGGGUACUGAUACUACAAUCCGAAAAACAACAAAUCAGAUGAACUAUGUGUCUGGCAAGGACGCUGUCAAACAAGUCGAUUCGAAUGGUCAAAACCCGGUUGACGGUCUCAUUGUUGUAUCUACAACAAAGGUAACUACUGUCAUAGGAGGACGUCAUAAGAAGGAACCAGAAACCGAGUAUGUCAAGAGGCCGGCAAAGGUAAACGUAAUAGAAAAUGUUGCCAAGAAUACUACUACGACAAACAUCGAAAACACUCAAAACAUUCAUAAAGAAUCGACGUCUUUGCAAAGAAACCAAAACGUCAUUAAAAAUUCUGCCUUAAUUACGGAAAGUAUCACGGGCACGGAUUUAUCCAGUAACGCCAUUGAAUCUAGUCGUAGACUUUUAACCGAUAAGAACACUGGCGACAUAAGUUCAAGAGUUAUUUCCAGUGGAUCAGUCUCUAAUAACGUGGCUGGCGAAUCAUCGUCUCGCGUGAUUUCCGGCAGAAAUGCUACUACUAACAUGACUGAGAAUUCGACUUCACGAGUGGUGUCUGAAAGAAACGUAUCCAGUGAUGCAAUUGGCGAAACCAGCACUCGUAUUGUAUCCGGAAGAUCUGCCUCCAAUAACAUUAUCGGCGAUACAACAAGCCGUGUUCUGCCUGGAAGCACAGUGGGACAUAACAUCAGCCAAGACUCAACAUCUCGAACGGUCUCAGGGGGGCGAACUUCCACAAACAACAUUGUGACUGGAAGCACAGCCUCACAUAUGACCACAUCAAAGCACUUCCAUCACCGAAAGAGCGAAUUCUCCUCAGAAGCCGACGUCUCCAACACGGUCUUCCAUCGCAAGAACGUAACCACCGAUUCGAAUACAGCCAAUGGCAGUCUGACGUCCAAUGGAAAGAUGCAGCGCAAGAGCAUAUUAAAUCUACACGAGCAGCCCUCGAGCUCCACCACCUAUGGUGGGGAGCGUCAGAGUUACAGCAGCAUCCAUCGCCAAAACCGGGACUCUGACGCAAAUGCAACUUUUACGACCGAGCGUCGUACCUGCAACGUGCACAAAGAGAACCGGGAGCACAACGUGAAGAACUCAUCCUCAAUGACCCGCAUUAUUUCUGGUGGGGCCACCGGUUCGAAUGCCGAACGGUCAACGGUGACACGCAGCCAAGUUUCGGGUGGUGGCGGCAUUGAUUUUUCGUCUCAAUCUCAUUCCCACACCGGAAGCCACACCAGCCGUCACCGAGGAAAUCAGCAGGUGUCCAGCUUAGGCAGUGGCAUCGAUUUCCCCUCCUACAGUGCUCAUGGUCACACGGAGCGUGUGGUCACCCGGCGAGGAAAUCAGUCCUCAAUUAGUCUGGGCAAUGAAAAGUUCACCGGCUCCAGUUUGUACAAGAGCGAAUACAUAACUGCCCCAAAAACGACGUGUGCUGUGCAUAAGAUUAAACAAGGUGCAUUCCAACAUACAAGGAGUACUCAAGAACACAAGUUCUUCAAGACCUCAAACUAAUAGUGCCCGACUACAAGUAUAUACAUAUCCUUUGCUUUACUAAUACAGAUAUCCCAUAUUAAUGAUAGGCUAAGCUUCCAUGACAAUAUACGUUUUAUACAAUAUACAAGCCAAUCCGAAAACGAAGAUUAACAAU